AGCAGGUAAAAUACCUGAGCUGGGCGGAGCUAUCUUCCUCUGACAGAAACAACUCCACAACCUUUGAGACUGGCAGACAAGUGGAGAGAGACCGAAGCCACAUACAUUCAGAGCAGAAUGGCCACAGAAUUAUCUCAGGACACGUUGUUAUAUUUCCUUCAGAGCAGCGGGGGCUCGGUGAAAAACUCGGAUCUGCUUCUGCACUUUAGGUAUUUCAUUAGGGACCAUGCUGACCAGAACCGCAACCGGGAGCUAUUCAAAAAGUUUGUCAACUCCUUGGCCACCGUUAAACAGAUCGAUGGCGUCUCUUACGUCGUUCUCAGAAAGAAAUUCAAAGGUGCCGGCGGUGAAGAGAGCUCUUCCGAGCCGCCGCGGCUUUCCGCCCGGAAGAACAGCGAACCUUCCCCGGAGAACGCCAAACUGAGUCCGGCUUGGAGCGCAGAGAAGCCUCGGCAGAAACCGAGGGAGGUGACAACACCCGCCCCGCCGGGAGCAAUCGCGGGCAAAACAAUUCUACCCGCGGCUGGUAUCAUGCUCAACAACAACAGCAGCAACCUGGAAGCACAUUUAAAACUAAAUAAGAAACAGCAGCAGGUAAUCAGCACACCUGGACUUUCUGAAAAACCAGCAGCAUCAGCUCAGGUGGUGAAUCAGAUCUCAGUCAGUCUGUCUGAAACCUUUUCCCCAGAUCAGUGCACCAAAGCGCAAAACAGGGUGGGUUUUGGGAUGCCUCCUGGAAUUACACCUGCAAUCAAACACCAUGGAGAAACCAGGCAGCAGCCCCCAGUCCCAGAAACCCCCAGAGGAAGGGAGGCCUCUCUGAAGCCUUUGGGAGGUCUUCAUCAGGAACCUCCUCUUCAUCCCAUCAGUCUUCAGCUGCAGGCGGCUCCACGCUACAUUAGAAACAGGCAGAGCUACAAAUCUGCUGUGUCUGUUGAUGAAGAUGAGGAGGAAGAGGAGGAGGAGGAGGUCCAAAUAAGGCAAUGUGCAGCUGGAGUAGAACAGCCCCUGAGCACUCCUCUCAGAGACGUGGAGAGGGUCAUCUCUGCCUCCUCGCCGUGUAUCUUAGACCCACCUGUUUGUCCCUCUGUCGUGUCCUCCUCUUCAUCCUCAUCAUCAGAAAGGAAGCUCCCUAAGAUUUAUGUUCAGGAUAUGGAAAGGGAAACGAUGACCCCUCAUGGCCCAGGCUGGAGCUUGGAGUCUGGGGUAGGGCAGAAAGGACCAUGGGCUGGGUCAAGACUGGAAUCUGGGUCUGUUUCAGGGGUGUCCACCAGACAAAGCCUGCCUUUAGAGGCAGAGCGCGUCAUAGCGUCCCCUGACCAAGCUACAGAGGUGGGGCCUCACCAUGAUGCCCACGCAGACCGCCGAUACUCGCAGCCUGCAGGUGUCCAGCUGGACCCCAGUCAGGGGUUGGAUCAAAGCCAAGGUGAGUGGCUGUCAUCUAGCCACAGCACCAUCUUUUCCCCCUCAUCUGACGCCGACCCCUCCAACAGCAACUAUCCCUCCCCCAGAGGAUUUGGGUGGAACAGCAGCUAUGAAGAUCUACAUACCAGAGCAGGUGAUAUCUACGGCCGAGAUGAGGCAGAGUCGAGCGCGGGCUCCGCGUCUUCGCCGCCGCUGGGGUUGCAGUCGCCCGUCGCCAGGCGGCUCAGCAGCCGCCUGAGGGGCAGAAUGAGCCGCAGUCUGGGAGCCGAUCUCGACCAACUCCUCCAGGAGGAGUCGAGGGCAGCGGGAGGAAGUGAGGCGGCCCGGCUGAACCGCCUCCACCUGAUCUCCUCCUCGCUUAGCCUACGCUACAACGUGUCGUCUUCCUCGCUGUCAUCCUGUUCGACACCGCCUCGCUGCCAAAGCCUCGCUGAGCUGGAUGAGGGGGUGAAGAGGAGAGGAGGAAGGAGGAGCUCUCCCAUCACCACCUCCUCCACUGCUCGUCAUGAAGGCCCCAGUAGACAGUCAAUGGUUCCUCUGGAGCCCAGGGAGCACGCCUGGCUGGUGAAGGGGGCGGCGGGUGCCUGGCCCGACAUCUACACCCUGUUCAGGGAGGACUCGUCCCUUCUUAACAGACAAGACUUCAUCUCCGGCUUUACUGUGCUGCACUGGAUUGCAAAACACGGUGACCACAGAGUCCUCAACACCUUAUGGUAUGGAGUUGAGAAAGCUGGUUUGACCUUCAACAUUAAUGCCAAGUCAACAUGUGGCCACACGCCUCUCCAUAUUGCUGCCAUCCACGACAACAAGAACAUAAUGCGGUUGCUGGUUAACAAGUUCAACGCAGAUGUGAAGCUGAGGGACACAUCGGGAAAGAAGGCCUGGCAGUACCUGAGCGGCACGGCACAGCCGGAUGUCUUUCAGCUGCUGGGGGCUCCAUUACGACCUGCUGGGGAGGGAGAUGGAGGAGUUGUGAGAGAAGACCAGGUACAGCGUUCGCAGACCCCCCGCCGUCGGCGGCAUCACCUCUCUUUUGCAUCCUUGGGAGAGAGGCCGCCGGCCAUGUCAGGCACCACAAGGGUCAAAAGGUCCACGUCGAUUGCUGCAUUCCUCAAACACAGAUCGCUGCAGCCGUUUCACGGACAUCAGUCCGACUCCUCUGUUUAAAAUUUCAACUGAUGGAUUGAGUCGGAUUUUGUUCAGAGAGUUCUUGGCUCAACUGAACAGCUGGUUUCAUGAACACAAACAAGGUUUCCACUCAGGCCUAUCCACAGCAGGCCCAAAAGGACAUGCCCCCAAGAGGCAUAUCCUGAUUGUCAUCAUGUGCUGACGUGUUACCACGGUUACUAAAUGACUUGGCUUAAUAUAAACGACACUUCUGAAGAGUCUGGAAUUUUAGUUAAUAAGUUUGACAGUUUUCACACCACCAUACGGGCCAGGGUUCGAUCGACCCAAACUAAACAGGUUAGGUGUGCAAACAUCUUAUUGCUGUACCACAGAUAAAGCUUCUCACAGGCAUUAAAAAAAUAAUUUGUAACUUUGUCCUUAUCUACUGUAAUAUCCCUACACAAAAAAUAUAGCUUAACAAUGACAUAAACUAAAAAGCUCACUUUACUGACCUUACAUGGCUAAUAUUUAGCUAUGGCUAACUCCUCUAGCUUACACAUUAGCAUAACAUCAGCCUUCAAGGAGGCGUUAUUAUGGAACCCUUCAAGGCAACUUCAAGGCAAGACCCGCCCUUCAGUAGCAUUCACACGCUACUAUUUGCCAAGCGAUAUGUUCAGGUCAAGCGAACUACCAAUUGCGCCGUCAGCUCGCCAGCUACAGUAGCUCACCAGCUAGCCCCUCCAGUAGCCACCGUGUCACCAAGCUUCCACACCAGCUUUGCUUAUGCUAGGCUCUGACCGCAGCACUUAUAAUUUGUCAGUGGAUAGUGGUAUGUGAUAGUGGAACGUGAAUGGCAUGCUGUUUCUUUUCGACGGACGGCAGUAGAUCAGCACUAGCAUACCAACGGUUAACCAGCAUAUGCUACGUAAACCGUAACAUAUCAUUAGCCACUUUGCAAUCUUGCUGCCAAAUGACAA